GCAAUGAGAGGGCGCGGUGCAGCCUAGGCCAAGCCGGGCCCGAGUGAGGAGAAAACAGACAGGAGGAGAGAAAGCAGCGGUAGCAGAAGUGGGUUAGGCCCACGGGCCGGGUGUGAUUCUGCAGGCAUCAUGGCAGAGGAGCUGGCUCCAUCUUUGUUCUUCCAGCACCAGUUCAUGUGCUCAGAGUGUGGGCUUCUCUACAACACUUUGGAGGGGGUGCUGAUCCACCAGCAGAGCCAUCUAGGGGAGCCCUAUGAACCUACUGCUGCUGCGACUGUUGUGGACACAGGGCCCCAGCAGGACAACCGCUAUCAGUGCCUGGAGUGUGGAUGUGUCCUUUGGUCACCUGAUGAACUGUUAGCACACCAGGAAGUGCACCCCAGGGAGGUGCCGUCUCGGCCUCAGCCUCCACCAACCACCACCAGACAGAUCCGCUACCAAUGCAAUGAGUGCAAUGAACUCUUUCCUUCUACUAGCCUGUGGCUGGCACACCGCCAGACACACCAGAAACAAGAGGCUUCGGCUGACUCCCACCUAUCAAAUCCACCACCUUCCCAGCCGGCUUCCUCACCUCCAUCCCAAUCAUCUGUUCCACAAGCCUCCUCCCAGUCCGCUUCCCCACCUCCUGUGCAGCCCUUACUUCCGUCAUCUCCCCAGCCAGUUCCACCUAUGCAUCCCUAUGAGUGCUCAGAGUGUGCCUGUCUUUUCCUAACACCUGAGGAGCUGCUGGAGCACCAGGGGGAACACUUUAUUGAGAUUGAGAAAGAGAGUGGGGAGCCGCCUGAGGUGACAACACAGGAGACUUGCAGUCCUCGUGUGUCCCCACUGCCAUGCCCUGAGGAACCUCCAGCAGUGCCUCCACGUACUCAGGCCUUCUGCUGUACUGAAUGCAAGCAGACUUUUGGUACAGUGGAGGCACUGCGACGGCACCAGCAGGAGCACAUGGGGAGCAAUGAAGAGUUUCUGUGUGGCGAGUGCCAGCGUGGUUUCACAACAGCCAAGCGGUUGUUGGCUCACCAGCGGGUACAUGUGGAUGGUACAUACGAAUGUCCGAAUUGCAACAAGAUCUUCAAGAAAGCAGCAUCUCUCGAGCAGCACAUGCGCAUCCACAAAGGCGAAGCCCUCUACCUCUGUGUAGACUGUGGUCUUGGCUUUUCUACAGAGAUGACCCUGAUCAUGCACCGUAAGAGCCACACUGCCAACCCUCUGCAUCGCUGCCACUGUGGCAAGACUUUCAGCAACAUGACCAAGUUCCUUUACCACCGGCGGACACAUGCUGGUAAGAGUGGGAUUCCACCCUCUCGUGGAGCAGGAGACCAUGCACCCAGCCAACCUCCUGAGCCACCACUCAAUGAUGGGGAGUCAGUUGUGAAUGGCUCAGUCUCAUCCUUCUCUUCUCCGCCGGGGACAUCAGCAGAAGCGCCCAGUGCUGGGUUCCUGUGCCCUCAGUGUGGAAAGGCAUUCUCCACCCACAUCCGGAUGGUACGGCAUAAGCGGGUAGUUCAUGUUUUGGAGAGGAAGCACAAGUGUCCCACCUGUGGCAAAAAAUUCAAGAAGUUGGUGCAUGUGCGAAACCACCUACGGACGCAUACUGGUGAAAGGCCAUUCCAGUGCUCAGAAUGUGGCAAGACCUUUGUCUCCCAGGCAAACUUGGCGCGACACCAUGUGACGCACACCGGAGAGCGCCCCUAUCAGUGCCAGGUUUGUAACAAGCGCUUCACCCAGUCCUCCAAUCUUCGCCAGCAUCGCCUCUUGCACAUGGCACCUAAUGGGGAGGGGCCCCACUCCUGUGAAGACUGUGGUGCAGCCUUUUCCCGAGCCCACCAAUUGGCCCUGCACCGGACUGUGCACACAGGGUGCUUGCCCUUUCCUUGCCCAGACUGUGACAAAUCCUUCCCGCGCCGUCGCCUCCUGGAACUGCACCGGCUUAGCCAUUCUGGGCACGAGCCCCACCGCUGCCCAGACUGUGGUGCUCUCUUUGUGAUGGCUUCCAAGUUACAGGAGCAUCGCUGCGCCAGGCGCCGGGAGCAGGCAACGCCACAGUCUUACCCUUGCAUGUCCUGUGGCAAGUAUAUGGGCUCGCUGGCCAAGCUUGCGCUGCACCAGCUGGUACAUUCAGGCCAGCGUCCUUACCCUUGCCCACUCUGUGGGAAAGCCUUCACCACCCCCAGUGGGCUGAGUCGGCAUCAGCAGCGCCACGCUGGCCUACGCCCUCACAAGUGCCCUGUUUGCGCCAAGACGUUUGUGGCAGCCUCUGGGCUGCAGCUGCACCAGCGCAUCCACACAGGUGAACGCCCUUUCCCCUGCCCGGACUGUGGCAAGGCUUUCCGGCAGGCUACCCAUCUGCGGGAACACAGGCGCCUGCACACUGGGGAGCGCCCCUACCGGUGCCCAGACUGCGGCAAGGCCUUUGUGCAGUCCAUGCACCUUGCUGAGCAUCGGCGCAUUCACACUGGCGAGCGCCCCCAUCCCUGCCCCCUCUGCCCCAAAACCUUCAAGACCCUCUCCAACCUGCGAAGCCACCGCAAGACUCAUACAGAACAAGUUGGUGGCCAGGAUGCAUUGCAGUCUGCCGGGUCUCUUGUGGCUACUGGCCAGCCCACCCAAACUAUCAUGUGCACGGAGUUGGGAGAGACUAUUGCGAUCAUUGAGAGUGCUGAACCUCUCCCCUUGGUGGAAACGAUAGAAAUCUACCAGGCUACACUUGAUGGCAACAUCCAGGUCAAUGCCUUUGUAUAGGGUCUGAGCAGCCCUUAGUUCUUCUGUGCUCAGGGGCUGAAUGCACAUUAAUAGGUGGCUGAGCUCAGCUUCCUUUCUUCCAUGCAUCACUCUAGCAUGCUUCUCCUGGCAGCACAGCCUGUGCACCAGUCAUGCAGUGCCCAGAUGCAACCUGUUCAGUUUUUUUUUUUAAUUGGGGCAUAGCUCCAGUUCAUGUGCCUCAUCUGGAAAAUUUCUCGGGACAAUGCCUCUUUUGUGUACAGGGUGGUACUUUGGAAUGGAGUUAGACCAUCCAUCUCUGCCACUCUUACUGUAAAUUAAAAAAAAAAGUUGUUUUACUCUGUUAAGUUUUUCUUCCAGUUCUGUCUCUAUUUGUGAGGCUCUAGAACUAACUCAAUACGUAAAACAUACCCUCCUACCGUUAAAGCAUCUAUUAAUUUUUCCUCUAUUCCCAGGAAAUAGAUGGCAUUGUUUCCUGUUAAUCAGAGAAAAAUUAAAGCAACCCCUUUUCAUUUUAUGGUGGGGGGCAUAUGACCAGAUCUUGAUACAAUGGGCAUAUCUCUGUCUUUGCUAAUUUUACAGAAGUAAGUGUUGGACAGAUAUAGCUUCUUUCAUCCCUUGCAACUAUCAGAACAAGCUGUGUUUGUUAAAACUCUUCUGCACAAGAGGUAAAAGUACCAGGUUCCUAUUUUGUUUUGAGCACAUGACUCUAGCUGAAAGAGAGGUCCAACAUUUAUUUUUAAUGGUGGAAGUCCACACACUUAUUUUAGAUGACAGUAUAUUUUGAUCAACUUUGAUUUGCCUUUUGCCUUCCAAUGGCAGAGAAGAGAAUCGGGCAUUCUUAAGAUGUUUUCCAGGGAAUAAAAUAUUAGCAUGGUGGGAAAAGGAAAUUGUUUCUUCUGUGGCCAUGAACUUCAGCCAGGAAACUUGUUUGUGUUGAGUAGAUUAUAUUUGGGCUAUUUGCAAAUGGCCACUUAUGAAAUAGCAAGUCUACAAACUGGAUCUUCCACGACUCUCAUAGUUGGCAGUUUUGUUGUGUUUCUAUGUCAAGGGUCAAAUUAAGAUAGCUAAAGGGCAGCAUGAAAAACUCAGUUAACUUUAGCAAAUCAGGCAUACUGGUUUACAUGCAUGGGAGACUGCCCUCUGGGAAUUGACCUGGGACUUUAGCAUCGAACAAGCCUGAAAUAUAAGGGCAAAUCUAUGGCAUCUUAGCAAGCUCUUCUUUGACUCAUGCCAGUGGGAGUUAUAUACAUUGUACAGAGAAGUUCAGGUUUAAUUUCAGUGGAUUAACGUUCAGUUGAUGAGUAUUUAAAAUUAGAGGGAGCCAAAGGAUGGAACUUUAGAACUGUUCCACCACCUGUACUUUAAGGAAGAGGAUGGUGAAAGAUCUACAUUGCAAAUUAAGCCUUGGUUCAUGUUUACAAAAUUGUAUUGUCACA